AAAAAAUAAUCGUUGAGUAUGACAAGCAUAUUUGAACGAUUCCACUUUUGUCCUACAUUUAUGGUAGUUUCAGAAUAUUUGGUCCUUUACUCCUCAUUUUGGCGGCACUGCUCUUUGAGAAAAAUAGAAUAACCAAACAUUCCUGGAAUGUCAAAAAACAAAGUCUAAGUUCACCUCCUGUUUGCAAGUGUCCCAACCCUGCGAAAAAGGGCGCCCUGUAGCAAAGGAGAGGCCAAUAAAAAACGGCAAUGGUUUGAUCAACGUAUUUGAUCAAAGUCAUAAUGCAGAACACUCAAGGACAAGACAGCGGUCAUCCAGCACCUUUUAGAAUGCCCCCCUUCCCAAAGCGAGAUCAGUCUCGGUUCAACGGGAUAGGAAAUCUAAGCGGCCAGAUCUGACACAGGGCUGAUGGCAGAAAGGCCACUUCAAAUAUCAAAGUGAUGAAUAAUCACAGGGUCUCGGGAACCAGUCGACGACAACUAAGCGACGUUGGGAUAUCUGUAAUCAACCCUCCAAUUAGUCAUCAAAGGAACAAGUCACUUCCUUGUAUUAUCAAUAACCUUCACCAAGAGCAGGAAUCGCUAAAGUGCAGGAAAUCUGGAUCCAAGCCGAAUUUGUGGUCCGUUUUGAAGAGAAUGAAACGAUUAGGGGUUUAUUUGCCCAAUGGGGACGAGUUUCUAUCUCCUAUUGUCUCCGAUACCGAUUCUGGUCUCUCGGAUAGUCCAACCAACGAGUUUGAGAGCCAUUCCCGCGUUCCAAUGUCCAACCACGAUCAAUUUGUCAGCACCGCGUACGGGAAUGACCCAAGUAACCAUUUAAGACAUGCUGCUUGGUAUCAGCCUGGUCUCUCAAGGGAAAUUUCCAUGGAGAUCCUUUCUUCGGAACCAGUUGGCUCUUUUCUUGUAAGAUGCUCAGAGAGUCGACUGGACUCAUUUGCCUUGUCCCUAAAGGUGCCAAAUGGCUCUGUGAUCCACUACCUCAUCAUCUCUAAUCAGCACGGCUGGCGCAUCAAGGGCUCCACCAAGGCCUUUUCCUCACUCAGUACCUUGAUCAUUCACCACUCCGUGAUGUCAGAACUCCUACCUUGUCCCUUGUUGAUCCACGGGGAUCCACUGGAAGAUGAGCAGGAUCCCACAGCCGAUCAAUUUGACCUGGCGGAUUAUCCCGAUCUACUUUUCACUUUGCGAAAAGCUUUUGGAUCAUCCCUGGAUUUGAGUGUUCCCACCCAUCCAUCACAAUCACCUUUGUCGGUCGCCUCCUCAGAGGGAUCAAAUGCAUCAGUGUAGUUCCUAUUCGUGCUCAAUAAAGUUUCUGAUUCAUUA